UUUCAGCAGAUGGCGGCCUUCAGGGGCUUCUACCCGCAGGUGUACCCAACCACCAUGGGCUCCAUGCAGGGUGCCGGCGUGGCCAUGGCGGGCGUGGGGGGCAUCAACAAGAAGAAUGGCAACAUCUCCUGCUACAACUGCGGCACCACCGGGCACAUUGCACAGGACUGCAAGCAGCCCUCCAUUGACGCCACACAGCAAGGUGGUUUCCGGCUACAGUACGUCGCCUCUCACAAUUCUGAAGCACUAGACAACACGGAAGGAUGA